AUGUGCUCUGACUUUGUUGACACCCCUAGACGCCACCGCAACGGUCCAGGCCCGAUAACUCUCCUUAUGGCGAGAUGCCGCUUAGCAGGAACGACGGAACAGGGAUUGGAUCUGCCACCAAUGGGAACCGUAGAGAAUGGAAAAGCGUUUCAUUCACUGAAGCACCACAUCGAUGACAGAGUCAGCGAUAUGUCGCUG